GUCAAUUUCUGAAUUGUUAAAAUUAAAGCGGAGUCAAAUAAGAAGGCACUAGGAGAUUAUAUAGGUAAGUGAACGGUAUCGAGAUCUUUUCUGUAUGACAAUUUUAUUUUGAUACAUGUACUUUUAUUUGUGUUGUAGGUGGAAGGGUCCUGACCUUGACUACAGCUCGACUGAAGUCUUUUUCCUUAACCAAAAAAAGAAAAGUGACAAAGAUGAUUAUGCUAUAGGUGCAGACAGAGAUGUCAAUGUUGACGUAGCUCAGUUUAGUGCUCGUCCUAUCACAAGGCAAAGAGGAAAAUGUUUGAUUCAGAUAAGUCUUUGAAAAUGAUCUCAGAUGAGGAGAUGGAUCCGGGAGGUGGGAAUGUGGUUAAAAAGCAAAGGCGACUUCUUGGUUAUAUCAAUGGAGCAAGUUCUCAAUCGAUGUGGAGCGAGCAAUUUUUGCUUAUGGAAUUGGCUGAUAAGGUUGCCCAGUAUUUUGACAUUGUCAAGCUGUUGAAGGAUGUGGGAAAAUAGGGCAUUGGAUAGUAUAUGCAAGUGGUCGGUACCAGAUUACUAUGUAUGGGUCGGACAACAGAGCUGUUGGGUGCUGAAGAAAAAGGUGAAGCAGAAAGGAUAUUAAAAUUGGAGAAAUCUUUGAAAGAAAGAGAUGAUGUUAUUAUAGAUGUGACCAUAAAAAUGAAAAGCAAAGAAGAAGAAGUGGGGAAGUUGCAGGUUCAGAUUUGCCUGUUACAAAGUCAAAUGAAAGAGUCCGAUAAUGACAAAGGAAGAAUGACCUCUAGGAUUCACGAGCUGGAAAACGAGGUAUUAGAAAUGUUCUCGGCUGGUUUUGAUCAGGCGGUGAGUCAAGUGGUGACCUUUGCACCCGAGUUUUAUGUCGGCAAUCUUGAUGUUACCAAGAUUGUUGUUAAUGGUAAGCUUGUAGAUGAUGAAAUUGGGGAGGCUGAGGAUGAAAACAUGGCCACUGGUGAAAAAGAUAAUUGAUAUAUGUUUGUAUGAAUUUAGUAUGAAACUUUUGUUGAACUUUGUUAAUGUUAUGUCGGAUUUUUGCCGAUCUUUGAUA